GCAAACAAACAUUUGGGUGGGGGUAUUCAAUCACCACUGGUCCUGUAGUAUGGUCCACCUAAGAUUUGGAUCUUGCUUCAUUUUCGGAUCGUGCCCUAAAUUGUUCUGUCAAAACAGAUGGACGGCGUGGAUUUAAGGCACAUAUGACGGUGGGCCCACAGUCAGGGAUCCAUCGACCUCGGCGGAUCUCCUGAUGCAUCUACCUCUAUUGAGUCCUCCGCCCUUGUUCGCCCAACCUCGUCUGCCCGCCUAGACUCUGUAAAAAACCUCUUCAAAAAUCUGAAAAAGAAGAAGAAGCUGCAGCAGCAAUGGAAGAAGCGCAUGAAAUCCUCUUAAAUUCUCUAGAAGGUUCUGGAAUCUCUCUCCCCACAGGCGUUUCUUCCAUCCAAGACCUCACCCCUGGGGCCCUCGUCUCCAUCUGCGCCCAGUCCCUCCGCCUGAUCGACGGCUCAUCUUCCUUCCCCACCUCCUUGCCCAUCUCCAUGGCCGAGAGAUUCAAGAUCUGUACGGACAUCGCCUCCGCCGUCAAAGGCCUCGGCUACAGAGGCGAUCUCAGCUUCCACCAGUUCCUGUAUCCUUCCGAUGAUGACUCAUAUAAGUUGGUGAGAUUCUUGGUGGAGAGGCUGUCCCAGACAUCGGAAGGAAGAAAAGUUGCUGGCAAAAAUGAGAUCAAUGCUAGAUUCCGUGGAAACAAAGUGCUUUUUGAUAAAGUUGGUGGUGCAUUAAAGGACUGGAUUGAAGGCGGUGAUCCCCCAAGUGCAGAUCAGAGUAAUCAUACUGUUCCAUCGAGGACAAGAUCUUUGAGGAUAGGGAAUCAGGAAACUCAGUCUGGCAAGAAGGAUGCACCGGUCAUAACCUGCCAAGGAAAACCAGAGGCUUCAAAUGCUGUGGCCGAGGACGUUUUUAAACAUGGGUUGCUUGAAGCUCACAUUAUGCCAGGGCAGAUGGAUGAAUCAGCGAUUGCUGAGAAAGACGGACAGAGGGCUGAGGUGGAUGUUAGAGAGCCGUUCAGAGAACCUGGGACAUUGACAAGUGACGCAUCUGUAGAUGGAGAAAGCAUGGAACAGAGAAAUGAUAGAUCUGUUAGAGAGCUUGAACAGAAAGUGGCUUCUCUCCGGGACCAAUCAUCCAAGAUGAGAUUAGAAGCUGAGGACUUGCAAAGGCAGGAAAAGAUGCUGAUGGAAGAGGUGAGUGCAAGGACUUUGGAAGUUCAGCAUCUGGAAGAUGAUCACAUGCUCUUGAAAGGCGCUGUAGAAAUGGCAUUUGAUGACCAACAUCCUGAUGGGUUCUAUGUCGAAGAGCUCAAUAAGCGAGUCAACACAAGAAGGGACAAUCUCAUGGAAUUGGAGUUGCAGUGGGAUGCUUUCAAACGACCUUUGGAGGAGAAAAAGAUGAGCCUGGAGCAGUCUCUUCAUGAACGAAAAAUAAAAUCGGGUGAAAAGGAAAAGCUCUUGCGGCUGGAAAAAGUCGAGCUGGAGUUAAAAGCUACUACAUCGGAAAUUCUAAAGAGGGAGGAGGAAAAUUCUAAGCUUUCGGUGGAGCUCGAGACCCAGCCAAAGAUUGCUUCUAGAAAGUCCUAUAUUCAGCGGAUAACUGAGAUCACGAAGAACAGCAGGAAACAAGAUGCGGACAUAGACCGAAUACUACAAGAGACUCGGCAGGUUCAGAUUGAGAGUAAUUCCAUCCAAGACCGCCUUCAUCGAACUUACAUGGUGGUAGACGAAACCGUAUUCAGGGAUGCGAAGAACGACCCAGUGAGGCGGCAGGCUUAUAGGCUUCUAACCACCAUCCACGACAGCUUUGAACAGAUGUCGAACAAGAUCCUUGCCACCGACAGAGCUCGAAGGGAAGCGGCUGAGCAGGAAGCAAAGCUCUCAGCCAUGGCCUCACGCAGUUUCGACACGGACAAACUCCAAGUGGACCUCGAUGCAAUCAGGAAGGAAAAUGAUCUCUUAGAACAACGGCUCCGGCGCAACUGAUUUGUAAAUUCUCUCGCCUAAAUUCUUUUUUAUCAAAUAUUUUGAAAUGAAUUUGUUAGAA